CUCGUCUUCAACAUACUGCGCACGAAUAAACGCGUCUGAAGCAGUGUGUUCUUCAUUAGAGUAGUGCGUGCAGUUAUACGGUGUCAGUCGGUUCCAUUAAAGCUGCAUAGAGAGUCUGUGACUUAAUUCAUUGCCUGCAAAUUUUGAUUAUUUACGUUUAUACCAGGAACCAACAGCAAAGAUGAAGACUAAAUUCAUCAAUGGCGUGUCUUCCUCGCCUUCACUGUCUCUGGGUUUAUUGGUAAAUGAGAAUGUCCUCGAAGUCCAGCCAGACACUGGGACCGACUGCAAAGAUAUUAUUCGACCGGAUGAGCCCGACCACCAGACGAAGCAUAAGGCGUAUCUAUGGUGUAAAGAAUUCCUUCACGGAGCCUGGAAGUCCAUAGAUGAGGAUGACUUCCAAAUCUCUAUUAUCAGGGGAGGUCUCAGCAACAAACUGUUCCUCUGCGCUUUGCCAGAGAAGCAACCAAGCAUUGGAGAUGAACCACGAAAUGUGCUCCUUCGUCUGUAUGGACAAAUUCUGCAGAUGUCCUGUAAUAAAGGGGAUUCCAGACAAUCAAACACAGAAAAUCACUUUCAAGGAGCUGAUGCCAUGGUACUGGAGAGUGUGAUGUUUGCUAUCCUGGCCGAAAGGGAGCUUGGGCCCAAACUCUAUGGCAUUUUUCCACAGGGGAGACUGGAACAGUUUGUGCCUAGUCGAAAAUUGUCCACAGAUGAGCUGAGUGUCCCUGGUAUAUUUGCUGAGAUUGCUGAAAAGAUCGCCAGAUUUCAUGGAAUGAGAAUGCCAUUCAACAAGGAGCCAAAGUGGCUGUUUGGCACCAUGGAAAAGUACAUGGAUCAAGUGCUUCAGCUCACCUUCACCAGGGAGCACCAUCUACGUAACUUCUCCCGCCUUUUGAGCUACAACUUGCAUCAAGAGAUGGACAGUCUCAAGUUUCUACUUGAAUCUACUCCCUCUCCUGUUGUUUUCUGCCACAAUGACUUGCAAGAAGGAAACAUCUUGCUCCUGAGUGGCCGUGAGAACACAGACAGACAGAGGCUCAUGCUAAUCGACUUUGAGUACAGCAGCUACAACUACAGAGGAUUUGACAUUGGAAAUUUCUUCUGUGAGUGGACUUAUGACUACACCUAUGACAAGUUUCCAUUUUUCAUCACCAACACCAAAAAUUACCCCACCAAAGCACAGCAGAUGCAUUUCUUUCAGAGUUAUCUGUUGGAAUCUCAUGCUGGAUUUGAAAACUUGAGUGAGGAGGACCAGCUGAAACUCAAAGAGGAUAUGCUAGUGGAGGUUAACAGGUUUGCUCUGGCCUCCCAUUUCUUUUGGGGAUUGUGGUCCAUGAUCCAGGCCAAAAUAUCAACUAUUGAGUUUGGGUACAUGGAAUACGGCAUGUCCAGAUUUGACGCGUUCUUUGAGCUGAAAAAGAAGCUCAGGGUUUAAAGGAAACAUGCAUAAAUUCCUAACUGACAGAAGGUGGUGUCAUAGAAAUAUGGUGUCAAGAAAAGAGCAGAGCAAAUUUUGAAUGUGCUUAAAAGAGGAUGCUCUGCGACUGUAGUGAUUCAACCGUGCUGCAUGGACCAAAAUCAAUGCAACAUUCAUAUUUAAAAGAAAAAAAAAAAAGGCCCUGUGCAUUGAGCGUCCCCAAAUGCUGCUUCUCAGUGUUUACAAGUUUAAGCUUCUCACAUUUAACACACCAGCCUGAGCCUCUGGACAGUUGGAGAACAAUAGAGGAGAAUAAUGAGGUCACGUGCCAUAAAACUAAAAAGACUGUAGGUCAGAGCUUAGGUGGUGGGGAAAGUAUUAUACGCAGCUGCAGUUUGAUUCAUAAGUCAAAGAAUGCUGCGGUGGAAAGUUCUUAAUACUAACUUGAGCCUUAGUCACCUAGUCAUCUGCUGUAGUGUUAUCUAUACAAUUGGUGAUAGAAGAUGUGCUGUGAAGGAGUAAGGUUCAAAAACUGGACCUAUUACCAGAAGAUGGUACAACAGACCAAACAAUGUUGACACUGUGCUUCUAAUGAUUCAGUAUUGUGUUUCCAAGUUCUGUUUCCAUUUCAUGCCACCAUUUUUGCUGGAUGAUUUACCUCUUUUCUACUUCUAUUAGAUCAUGUCUUGUUUAAUUUCUAUGUCUAGUAGAUCUGCAUGAUGUGAAGUGAAAUACCUGUGGGACCGCACAAUCUGCAUGCUCCUUAGGAGAGAGAUGGUUUGAAAUAUCUGUCUUAACGGUGGAAGAUUUUAUGGUUUUGACCAUAGUGAUGUCAUUCACCUCUUGUUAGAGGUGCUUGUUUAUUUUAUAAGAAUUUGCUAAGUUUGAGAUUACCCGCCUGUAUCUGAUUUGAUACUGAACUGAUAACUGCUAGAUAUUAAUAUAAAACUUUAUAAGAGUCGGUUCCUAAAAUUACAGCCUUUUGUUUUGUAUAACAGUUGUUCGGAUUACAAUUUCACAGUGAACGUUUAUGAAUGUUUAUUCUCUUUUUCUUUUUUAAAAUGCUAUACAAUUGUUUUACAACUGAACAAUAUUGACUUAGUUUUGCAUUUUACUUUGUAUAACCUUAAUUUUUCAUAUGCUUGAAAUAGAGGUAUAGUAAUACAGUAUUAUUAAGGCGGUCUUGUUUUUUUGCUAAUGAUAAUGUCGAAGGCACUUUCUGAAGCAGUUCUGUGAAAAAGUUUUAUUACUUGCAAAUGUAACUUUUCUAUUAUUUUUCUGCAACGGAAGAUGUAUUUUUCUUAAUAAGAAAGUGUUCUGUGUCCUUACUGAAAUAACAUAAGUGGAUCUCUUGGCCCUUUUUUUUUUUAACUGUAGUAUACUGGUGAUUGAUUUCUGUUUUCACAUACCCCACACAUCUUAAAUCAUAUAAAAUAAAAAAUAUAUAUAUUUAUUUACAUGUUCUUAUAUAACUGGUCUCUAUGAAUCUCAAUUCUUGGAACAUCGGUAAACAGAAAGGAUAAGUGAAAGUAUAGUGUUGAUGUAAAAAAAAGAAAAAUUCCUUUUUUAAAAUCAGUUGUUUAUCUAGACCAGCUUUACUAACUUGUCCAUCUGUUAACAUCAAUAUAAAGCCUCUGAUGCUUGUUCUCUAAAUAUCCAUUAAAUGUACAAACAUAAAAAAUGAGGAAUAGGAAAAAAAUUUCUGCUUACAAAGGACUUAAGAAGUGAAACCAUUCAACAGGCUGUAAUGUACUAAUUCAUGCUUAUGACUGUGAAUAAAGGGUUGUAAAAUUA